AUGAAACGUAUUUUUGUAUUGUUGAUUAUAAUUAUUGUUGAUUAUUCUUAUUCUUGUAAUAUUUGGAAAGCAUCCGAUUGUCCACAAGCACCAUCCGUUGAAGAUGAAGAAAAUAUGAAAUCAGAUUUAUAUACACGUGAUCAGUUAUUUGCUUAUUGUGAACAGGGAAAAAAGUAUGCCGAUUGUAUCAAUGAACGAUUACAUUGCUGCGAUUUAAGAAGUGAACAUACCGGAGCUUUGGCAGCAUUCGAAGUCGGAUUACAACGAAAUGCAUGGAGAUUAGGUAAAUAUUGUGCUGGUUUAGGUGAAAGUACUAUCAUCAAUUACAAGUGUCGAACAACUACACAACCAACUCAAAAGACAACAACAACAACGGGUAUUACAACGACAGCCAUGCCAGCUUGUGAAGUUGAAGAGGCUGCCAAAGAGUGUAACGAAAUUUUAGAUGAACGUUCAAAAUUUGAAAGUACGUGGAGUGUGAAUGAAAAAAUGUUAUGGUGUAAAGCAGCGUAUAAUUAUAUCCAAUGCGCUGGUAAACAUAUUACAAAUUGCAGCAUUAUGGAAGUUAAAGAUGAUGUUGAACAAUUGAGUAUGUUUAUGGAUUAUGUAAUGAAACAAGCAAAUGUGAAUUGUCAAGGCGGUUUGUAUGGUUGUGAUACUUUCACUAAUGACGUGCGAUGUAAACAGUCUGCGCGAAAAUUCUACAUGGGUGAGACGUUUGGGCGUGCAAAAUAUUCAGCAACGAUUAGUAUAAUUAAUCUAAUACUGACAAUUUUAUUUUCAUCAUUAUUAAUGAAUUAUCGCUAA